CCUAUAAAUUUUGUUUUACGCCUGCAAUUUUUCUCAGUCUCAGAUCACCGUGGUCUUCCUCGUUCAAGCUUUUGUUACAUCAAAGUACAAAAAUGGAGGGGACUGUUUUCACUCCUGCAUUGGAAGGACUGAAGCUUGUAAAGUCUGAACAAGGAGAAAUUCUGUCUCAGCCUUUCUUGGAUGCGUGCAAGCAUAUACUGCCUGUUAUAGAUAAGUUCGGAGCUGCUAUGUCCCUUGUUAAAGCUGACAUAGGUGGUAACAUAUCGAGAUUGGAAUCUAAGUAUUCCUCCAAUCCAACCAGAUUCAACUACCUGUACAGUUUGGUGCAAGUAGAGGUUGAAACUAAAACUGCCAAGUCAUCAUCCAGUUGUACCAAUGGACUUCUUUGGCUUACAAGAGCAAUGGAUUUCUUGGUGGCAUUGUUCAGAAACUUAAUUGAGCAUGAAGAUUGGUCAAUGUCACAAGCCUGUACAGAUUCCUAUAACAAGACUCUAAAGAAGUGGCAUGGCUGGCUUGCUAGUUCAAGCUUCACUGUGGCGAUGAAGCUUGCUCCUGAUAGGAAGAAAUUCAUGGAGGUGAUACAAGGCACUGGUGAUAUCAGUGCUGACAUAGAGAAGUUUUGUACUACCUUUUCUCCUCUCCUUGAAGAAAAUCACAAGUUUCUGGCUCGUUUUGGCUUCGAUGAUAUGAAGGCGUCAUGAAGCAUGGAUUCAUGAUCAGAAGUCUCCUGAUGAGUGGCUGUUGCGUUCUCACUCUCAUUUCUUGUUGAGUCUUUAAACUCCAUGUUCCCCUAAACAAUCAUUCACUUUAAUCAUGUACCUCAAAUUACUUGUUUUCUGCUUGGUGGUAUAGAAUCUUUGGAUAAGUACAUUUGGUUUGGCUAGAAACAAACUUAUUGAA